UCUCACUCGAAGAUAUUUCAGACGUUUUGUUUUGUUUUCUAAGUGAUUAAAGAAUGUCUGAAUUUCUCCAAGCUGCUGAAAUGAAGCAGUAACCUACGUAGUCCUCGUGCUUGUUGCGGUAGUAGAUCUGUUCAAUCAUGCAGCAAGAGCAUUUGUUCAAAGUUCUUGUGAUUGGAGACCUCGGAGUUGGGAAAACGUCUAUAAUUAAGCGAUAUGUUCAUCAGAUUUUCUCUCAGCACUACCGCGCAACUAUCGGCGUGGAUUUUGCGCUCAAGGUAUUUAACUGGGACAAUCACACAGUCAUCCGUUUACAGUUAUGGGACAUUGCAGGUCAGGAACGCUACGGCAAUAUGACACGGGUGUAUUACCGCGAGGCUGUAGGAGCUCUGAUAGUAUUUGAUGUGACCAGGGCAUCGACGUUUGAUGCGGUACCAAAGUGGAAAGAUGAUCUGGACUCAAAGGUUACUCUGAGCAAUGGCAAACCGGUCCCAGCUGUUCUGCUGGCCAAUAAGUCUGACCAGUCACGGGAAGGCCUGUCCACUCAGAUUCCCAAACUCGACUCAUUUUGUAAAGAAAACGGAUUCGUGGGCUGGUUUGAAACAUCAGCCAAGGAAAACACCAAUAUUGAAGCAGCAAUCAGGUGCCUGGUGGAAAACAUACUGGCCCAUGAGGAGAGUGCUGCCUGUGACUCAGACCCGGAUACAGUGACCCUGUCCGGCAACAACAACACCAAAGAUCGUGGCAAAGCCAGAUGCUCUGCAUGUCCCAAAUAGUGAGACUGAUGGGCUCCAUGCAAACACAUAUUUACAACGUGACACCAUGUUUUUGGGAGGUGGGAGGAAACCAGUGAACCCAGAAGAAACCCACAGGGACAUGGAGAGAACAUGUACAACUCAGCACUGAAAGUAAGCCAAGCUCAGGAUCAGACUAAUAAUAAUAAUAAUAAUAAUAAUAAUAAUAAUAAUAAUAAUAAUAAUAAUAAUAAUAAUGAUGAUGAUGAUGAUGAUGAUGAUGAUGUUAUUUUAGGGGGCAUGGUGGCUUAGUGGUUAGCACGUUUGCCUCACACAUCCAGGGUUGGGGGUUUGAAUCUCGUCACUGCCCUUUGUGCAUGGAGUUUGCAUGUUCUCCCCAUGCUUCGGGGGUUUCCUCCAGGUACUCUGGUUUCCUCCCCCAGUCCAAAGACAUGCGUUGUAUUCUGAUUGCCAUUUCUAAAUUGUCCAUAGUUUGUGAAUGGGUGUGUAUUCGAUUGUGCCCUGUGAUGGGGUUGGCAUCCUGUCCAGGGUGUCCACCGCCUUGUGCCCUGAGGAUGGAUAAUAAUAUUAAUGAUAAUGUUUUCUUUUUAAUGUGCCUUUUCCAAUCUCAAGUUUGCUUUACAAAAAAUAGAGAAAGAAAGAAAACGAAACACUGCAAUGAACAAGCAAUGGGACAGUAGUCACAGCAUGUAUCAGGAUAAUCCACACUGACACAUAGCAACAUGAAAACAGCAGAAACAAAACCACAAACCAUUAAACGUGGAGACAAAUCAGCAAACUACAAUGCAAAGUCCAAUUAGUGACUGCUAAUCCAAAACAUAGGAAUAGCACUUGACAGUGUGUCGCAGAGUGCUAGCAAGGUGGUACAGCAUGCAUCACAGUCAUGUACUUUUUGUCAUUUUUGCUUGUUUUUUGUUCAAAACCCCAACUUUGGUUAAUUUUACAGAUAUUAAAUAUGACGAAGGCUGCGAAAGGUAUCUAAUGGUGCUAGGACAGCAGUGGUGCAAACUGGCCUGACGUUAAAGUUCUGCAACAAAAUAUAUACAGUAUCUCACAAAAGUGAGUACACCCCUCACAUUUUUGUAAAUAUUUGAUUAUAUCUUUUCAUGUGACAACACUGAAGAAAUGACACUUUGCUACUAUGUAAAGUAGUGAGUGUACAGCUUGUAUAACAGUGUAAAUUUGCUGUCCCCUCAAAAUAACUCAACACACAGCCAUUAAUGUCUAAACCACUGGCAACAAAAGUGAGUACACCCCUAAGAGAAAAUGUCCAAAUUGGGCCCAAAGUGUCAAUAUUUUGUGUGGCCACCAUUAUUUUCCAGCACUGCCUUAACCCUCUUGGGCUGGACUUCACCAGAGCUUCACAGGUUGCCACUGGAGUCCUCUUCUACUCCUCUAUGACGACAUCACGGCGCUGGUGGAUGUUAGAGACCUUGUGCUCCUCCACCUUCCGUCUGAGGAUGCCCCACAGAUGCUCAAUAGGGUUUAGGUCUGGAGACAUGCUUGGCCAGUCCAUCCCCUUCACCCUCAGCUUCUUUAGCAAGGCAGUGGUCAUCUUUGAGGUGUGUUUGGGGUUGUUAUCAUGCUGGAAUACAUGCUGGGAUCAUGCUCUGCUUCAGUAUGUCACAGUACAUGUUGGCAUUCAUGGUUCCCUCAAUGAACUGUAGCACCCCAGUGCCGGCAGCACUCAUGCAGCCCCAGACUAUGACACUCCCACCACCAUGCUUGACUGUAGGCAAGACACACUUGUCUUUGUACUCCUCACCUGGUUGCCACCACACACUCUUGACACCAUCUGAACCAAAUAAGUUUAUCGUGGUCUCAUCAGACCACAGGAAAUGGAUCCAGUAAUCCAUGUCCUUAGUCUGCUUGUCUUCAGCAAACUGUUUGCGGGCUUUCUUGUGCAUCAUCAUCCUUCUGGGACGACAGCCAUGCAGACCAAUUUGAUACAGAGCAACAAUUCUUUUUUUCAGAUCCUCAGAGAGUUCUUUGCCAUGAGGUGCCAUGUUGAACUUCCAGUGACCAGUAUGAGGGAGUGUGAGAGCGAUGACACCAAAUUUAACACACCUGCUCCCCAUUCACACCUGAAACCUUGUAACACUAACAAGUCACAUGACCCCGGGGAGGGAAAAUGGCUAAUUGGGCCCAAUUUGGGCAUUUUCACUUAGGGGUGUACUCACUUUUGUUGCCAGCGGUUUAGACAUUAAUGGCUGUGUGUUGAGUUAUUUUGAGGGGACAGCAAAUUUACACUGUUACAUAAUCUGUACACUCACUACUUUACAUUGUAGCAAAGUGUCAUUUCUUCAGUAAUGUCACAUGAAAAGAUAUAAUCAAAUAUUUACAAAAAUGUACUCACUUUUGUGAGAUACUGUAUAUAUUUUGAAAAGUUUUUUGAAUGCAAAAUGUUUAAAUGUAGAAACAAACCAGGACACAGUAUUAUUUGCUUUGUAGGAUUAGGAAUCUACUGUGCUGAACAUAAGAUGCACACAAGAAGGAUCACAUGAAUAAGCUUGGGUAGGGUAGUACAGAGCAGAUGAUUUGUUUGCACUACAGUGAACAAUGUUUCAAAUCGGUUUUUAAAUGACUACCAGAACUACAGCAUGGAUGUAAUGAAAAACUGAGCUAAAUGGGGACGUGAGCAUACUGCCCCAUGAUUCCACAAUGACCAAACCAAUGGAUCAUGAGUUUAUAUCUGUUAAGUAGGAAUUAGCAUUUAUUUAAAUAACAUUGUGUGUAUUUUGUUUUCUUCAUUCACUGCUGAUAUGCUGUAUUUAUUGACUUUAUUUAUUGUGCCACAUUCAUGACCAUGGAAAUGUACCGAACCAUUUGGAAGAUGCAUAAUGGAGAUGAAUAAAGGAAUUUGAAACCA